CUGUCACUCCAGGAGUUUAGUGGCCAUGGAAAGCAGAGGAAGAGGAAGAAAGAGGCAGAGGAACGACUUGUAGUAGAAGUAGGAGGAGUUUGUUUGUUGACAUCGGACGACAAGGAAUAUCAGAUGAGCAACGACUGGUGAUAAUAAGUCCAAUUAUCGCUGUUCUGAAGACACAAAGCCUUGGCUAAAGCAAAGGUGGAUCUGAGCUGCCAAGGAAGAGGCGAACAUGGCAGCCAAGGUGGGAGACAACCCUGACAGCCUCAUGACGCUGGCAACAGUAUUCUGCUUGAAGAACCUCAAAAAGACCAUGUGCUACCAGGGUUUGAGGAACAAGCUCUGUCUGCGCUCUGACAUCUUUCUUCCCAGUGAAAUUUGUGACAAGCUGGUGAACAUGUACAUGGAGCUGGUCCACACAGACAGCAACUUUGAACCAAAGGAGAGCUUUUUUCAGCUCUUUGCAGACCCUCGCAGCACCAGACUGACCAGGGUACAGCUGAAGGAAGAUUUUGUGUCUGACAGAGACUUGGAAGCCAUAAGAAAACAGGACCUGAUUGAGCUUCACCUCACCUACUGCAACAGUCUCUCAUCCCGCAGCUUGAAAACACUGACCUGUUUCCGCGAGACGCUGGUCUCUCUUUGUCUCUUUGGCUGCAGCCACAUUUUCUACAGGAAGGGCGGUGCCCCACUUGCUUGCAAUGAAGAUACGGAGGAUGAGGAGGAGGAGAGCCCUGUUUCCCGGCAAGCAUUGGAGACGGACUUUAACUUUCAGGGCUUCAACCGCCUGCGGUUGCUCAACCUGGGCGGCCUACCGGACGAGGUGGAUGCUGAAACCCUGCUGAGACCCUUGAAAUCACUCAGCUCGCUAGAUCUGUCUAAUGUACAGUUACUGGGAACAGCUUUUCUAACUCAGUGGAAAGACAGACUGGCAUCUCUUGUUCUCUACAAUGUGGAUCUUUCAGAGGAGUUGGUCAGUACAGUGGAGGAACUUGUCAAUCUCAGGCAUCUUGACAUCUCACGUGAGAGCAGGAGGACCUCUAAGUUUAAGAUGAGCAGGAAGAUAUUGACAGCUAUCGUACAGAGACUGGUCAAUCUCACUUCACUGGACAUCUCAGGUCACAUCAUGCUUGACAACUGCACUGUUCCACAUUUGGAAGAAGCUAUGGGUCGGCCCAGCAAUGAGCCAUGCAAGAGCAGCAUCUACCCUUUUCAAGAGCUCAAGAGGCCCCUGCAAUUUUUGGGUUUAUACGACACGACCCUUUGUAAUGUGACGCACAUCCCUGCUUAUAAGGUGACUGGAUCAAAGAAUGAAGAUCAGGUCCUGAAUGCUAUUGAAGCUUACACAGAGUUUCGCCCUGAGUUGGCUCACAGAGCCAUCAAUCAGCUGUUUGACAUUGCCAGGAUACAACACUGCAGCCAGCUGCUCCGAGCAUUGCAACUCGUCAUAGCUGCAUUGAAGUGCCAUAAAUACGACAAGAGCAUCCAGGUGACAGGCAGCGCUGCUCUCUUCUACCUGACCAACACGGAAUACCGCAGUGACCAAAGUGUGCGACUUCGCCGAGAGGUCAUUCAGGUGGUGUUAAAUGGAAUGGAGCAGUACCAGGAGGUCACUGUCCAAAGGAACUGCUGCUUAACUUUGUGUAACUUCAGCAUUCCAGAAGAGCUGGAGUUUCAGUAUAGUCGGGUAAACCAGCUGCUUCUGAAAAUCCUGGAGCCAGCAAGGCAGGAUGAAUCCAUCCAGAGAAUUGCUGUGCAUCUCUGCAACGCUUUAGUUUGCCAGGUUGACAACCACCACAAGGAAGCUGUUGGAAAGAUGGGAUUCGUGAAGACAAUGCUGAACUUAAUACAGAAGAAGCUGCAGGACCGGAUGUGCGACCAGGUGAUGGAGUUCUCUUGGAGUGCUCUGUGGAAUAUUACUGAUGAGACGCCAGACAACUGUCAGAUGUUUCUCAACUGUCGGGGAAUGAGUCUCUUUCUGGAGUGUCUGCAAGAGUUUCCAGACAAGCAGGAGCUGCAUCGUAAUAUGCUGGGGCUUCUGGGUAAUGUUGCUGAGGUCAAGGCACUACGGCCACAGCUGGUCACACCACAGUUCAUCUGUGUUUUCAGUAAUCUACUGGACAGUAAGGCUGAUGGGAUCGAGGUGUCGUACAAUGCAUGUGGCGUGCUUUCCCACAUUAUGUUCGAUGGACCAGAAGUUUGGUCCAUGGACGAGCCACUAAGAGACACGGUGAUGGACAAGAUGUGGGAUGCGAUUCAGAGCUGGGAUGUCAGCUCACGUCGCAAUAUCAACUACAGGUCAUUUGAACCCAUCCUGCGACUACUACCUCAAAGCAUCUCUCCUGUGAGUCAACACUGGGCCACGUGGGCUCUGUACAACCUGGUGUCAGUUUAUCCAAGCAAGUAUUGUCCCCUGCUUAUAAAAGAAGGAGGACUUGGUCUUCUGGAGAGAGUUUUGGAGUUGGAAAGCUCACAGCCUGAGACCAAGGACAUGGCCCAGAAAGUCAUGGAGCAAUGUGAGAACUUCAAAGAAGAUCCCAUGGAAACAAAUCAUGCCCAAGAGGUAAACUUCGGACAAAGAGGUUGACACGACUGGCAGGCAUCGGGCAACCCAACCUAAAGCUCUUCAUCAUCACCACAAAUUGUCGAUGUGUGCAUUUUUCUUCGUAUCAUGAUUCAUUUGGUUGGCACAACGGUGUCUCUAACCCUUUUCACUGCAGUCUGGACACAAAGGGUUUGAGGUGGUGCAUGGUGUUUCUACCUUUGCUGCUCUGUCGGGACGUGGUCGUGGGUGACUGUUAUCCGUCAGUGUGCGAAUAUGUGUGUAAGAUUUCUUCUUAGAACAUAGCGGCCGGAUUGGAAAGGAAACAGGCAAGCUCCACAGUGCGCAACCAUGAACCGUGUGGUGGUGAGGUCACUCCCUCCCGGGAGCUCCAGGAGGUGUCAUCAUGUGUGCAGUGAAGAUGAGCCAAUAUGGAAGCAGGUUAAUGCUGGCAGGAGGGAAGUCUCUGCAGGUGGACUUUUUUGUUAUAUAUUUGUAAAUAUGUUAUUUCCUUUAACUGUGUAUGUUUUAUAAUAUAACUGUAAAGACUCAAGGCUUAUACCCUCUAUUUAAAUUCUUUAGACUUAGCAGGCAAAUGGGCUGUGCUAAGAAAGUUUAUGUAGAAAAGUCAAUCAUUCAAUUGUAGUCUCAACUUCCUUUCGUGUUUCUGCCUUUUUCCAUCUCAUGCUGUCUUUUCAUGACAUUCAUCAGACAGGAGUGUAGUAGGAAUCACUCAGACAACCUCACAACAGAUCAGUCUGUUUUUUAGCCCCAAACAGCGAUUCAACUUAUCUCCUUACUUAUCUCCAUCAACCGUCAACAAGGUUUUAAUCUGAUAGGUUAUAUAAUGUUAUACAUCUUUAUAGUGUUCUGGCUCAUGAGAAUCACAUUUGCAAAUGACUAAAGUAAGAAUUUUAAAUCAAACAGAAUACCAUACAAGGUACCUCAUGAACUGGCAUAUAAGAUAUACCUAAGAUAAGAUAUGCCUUUAUUCGUCCCUCAGUGGGGAAAUUUGCAAUGCACAUGAUCCAACAAAACUUUUCCAUUCACCCCUUCAUUUUUUUCCUCUUUAAACUGACAAAACCUACAUUUGUGGUAUGCCCAACUAGCUUAAACACCCAAUGAAGCCAUAAAAGGAUGUGAUUAUUUUGCUGGCAGUAUUCCUUGCCAAUGUAGAAAGAAACUAUUAGACUGUUUUACUAAGCUUGCUUGACCUCAGCUUUGCCACUUUGUCUGGACAUGAGAUUGAAUAUGACAACGGCGCAGGGGUUUGUAGGCCUCUCUCCAAGCAGCCAAACAGCGUCAGUGUAGAAGCGUCAACCAAGCUGUGUAAAGCCUGGUUUACUUUUCAGCAAUGACAAAACAUGCCUGAUGGAGUGGAGUGUAGUGCUUAACAACAACGGCAAAACAGUGGUCCAUUAGUAUUAUUGAAGACUGUCUCCUCCUUUCUCUUAUCCCUCUCCUCCUCCUCCUCUUCUGCUGUUUUCCUUUAAUAAAAUAUCUGCCCCCACUUCACGACUGUCCAAUCAUCAGAAAGGAAUCUAUUGGGGCUUUUUCUGGUUUGCGUUAUACCCCCUACUUCAAUGAGGCAGAGUAGCCUACUGUUCUUAUUGACUAAACUGGCCCCCAGUAUACAAUACACAAGGAACAUACAGCAAAUCAUUUCAGCUGUCCUAAAGAUAGUUAGAUAUUUUAUUCAUCUCUUGAGAAAUGUUCACAUUUCCAGCAGCUCUGAAAAAAUGUCAUAAUAACAAGAUAAAGGAUAAAUACAGAACAGAUCACUUCAAAUCCAUAGUGUGCCCAGUUUUGUGUAUGAUUUCACCCCCCAUUGCUGAAAAGUACACAGGGUUCUACAUAGUUCAAUAUUGUUGAUUUGUAGAGUUCUCAUUGCGGCAACUGGACUAUUGUUGUUUGAAGACGUUUGACCUUUAAUCCUAAAGGGGUUUAGUAUGGAAUCUCCCUAUUUACUGUAUGUCUCUGGUGGGUGUGUUCUCUAGGGGGGGGUCACAAUACAGUUGUUGUAGUUGUCUUCUUGCCUGACGUGGCUGGUGAACAAAACAUCUGCCUGUUUGGUGGAUUGACAACUCAUUGGUGUCUCAUUCCACUCUUUCAGUGAAAUGAGACAAUCUUUGGGGGACAGAUAUUAGGACAUUGUUAUUAGAAGACAAUGUGAAUGCUUAAAAGAAGUCCUGGCAUCUCUUCCCUCAAAUAUUUUAGCAGCUUGUUAGUGACCACGCUUUCCAUGGACUAAGACAAUAUUUGGCAGACAGAGACAUAUUUCCUCCAUAUAUUGUCUUAUUCCACGAGAAGAGUGGUCAGCAUCAAGCUGUUAUGAUAUUUGACUGAUAGAUAUCAGGGCUUUUAAAAGUUUUAAUAUCAUGUGCUUAUGACAAUAUCCUGACAUCUCUCACUUAAUGAUUGUCUCGUUCCACAAGAUGUUUUUCACAUUAAAUAUAUAAUGUCAUUUUUGACACUGCCAAACGAAUGCCACUGCUGUUUUGCAGUCCGGAAUCUUAUAUAAGACAGUUGUUUGUCAGCCAUGCUGGGCAACAACAACGCUGUUGCAACCACACCCACCAGAGACAUUAAUAGGGAGACUCCACACUUCUAAAAGUUGAACUGAAGAAGCAUUUUGGAUUAAGGCUGAAACUUCAACAAACAAUAACAGUCCAGUUGCCUCCCUUAAACCUUUGUGCAUCACCGGUCACAUCCACAAAUGAUAUAAUUAAUAUUUUUGAUCUCCACCCCAGAGACGAUAGUUUGUCAUGGAAACUGUUGGCAGCUCUUCAGCCUCAUACAUAUUAGGUUAAAAAGAAAUGAUUUUUAACCACGCAUAAUGGCUUUGCUCUACAUGUGUUGCUUCAGUCAUGUUCAUGAAGAGUUGUGUAUCCAACAUAAUGUCUGGCUUAGCAGGUAUAACUCCCUUUAGAGAUAGAAGAUUAUGAUUGAUUCCCAAUAGUUUUUUGACCUAAAGCAGGGGUGUCCAAAGGGCCAUUUGCGGCCUGCAGCACAUUUACAUCGUGAGGAAAAGCGGUAGAAAAUGAAUGAAUAUCAUAUCAUAUAAUCAAACAUGGCGCAGAUCAAAGCUUCACAAAGACGGUUGAGGGCCACACUGAACAGGAAUAAAGGUUAGGAGGAAAAUGUUUAUUACUCUAAAUUGACAUUGAUAGUAAUAAUUACUACAGUAUUUUUUCUGUAGUGCUGAAUAAACUGUCCCUCUUUUAUCCUGUGUAACUGAUUCCAGACCUGACCAUAAGUGAAUUUUUGCAAAGUAGGAUUCCUUUUUAUAAAUGAAAUAUUUUCACAGUUCGAGCAUACAAAACCUGUUUCCAAUAUUCUAAAUGAAUUUUUAACAUUAUUAUAACCCUCGACAUGAAAUACCAUCCAUAGACAAUAAUAGAAAAUAAGUCUCGUGUGCUCGUGUGUGUUGCUGUAAAUGUGUCCCGGUGCUGGGAGAGUUGAGUGGGACAGGAAAUGACAUCAGGGGUUCAGAGUCGAGUUUUUGCUUGGCGUGGGUUACAGCUGCAACAGUAGUCUGUGUUUUUAUUAGGGAUUUUUAUCAGGGAUUAUUGUGCCUGUUGUGAGAUAAUUCAAACCUGCAAUAAAAGCCUGUUGUCUCGGCGAUCAAGGCUGUCAUUUACAGUAACAAACUGACACCUAGUGACCAGUGUAGAAUAUUGUGAAUGCCGUAUAUUUGUAUUUUACUUAAUUUAUCCAUUUAUAUGCUUGAAAAUUCAUUUACACAAAAAAUACAUCAAAUUUGCCUUCUAUAUGCAUAUUUUUUUUACUAGUAGGCAAUAAUGAACAAAAAAAUAGCAUGAUUUAUAAACACAUUUUUGAAAAACCAUGAUGGACUGCAGCUGCAAAGUGGCAAGGGAUUACUGUAUAUACCACUGUUGGUAGAAAUCUACCAAAGUCUAUGAGUAUUCAUUUAUUUUCCAAUUUAGUCUUUAACCUGAAAAAACAUUCAUUAUUUUUAUUAUUACCUUUAUUUUUUAAAUUGAUUUAAAAAUGGCAAUGGAGACCAUACAAAAUACAAAUUGAUGAGGUUAUGUGUGGAAAAAGAAGUAUUUUGUGUAAAUUAAUGUGAAUUACACUUCAAAGAAAAACUGCACUUAUAUUUUGUCCAUCAUCCACAGUCCUUAUGUGUGACAUGAAGGAAAGAAACAAACAAACAAGGAUACAAAAACAGCAAAGAUUGCAGACAAUGGGACGCCCCAUUUACAUAAUGUGACCUGCAUACUAACCAAGCUACAGUAACAUUAUAAUUACACCGAAGAACUACUUUACAUGUGUAGUGACACCACGCCACAUCACACCAGCUCUGAGUCUAGUAAAGUUAUUUCUCGGUUUCUACAUUUUGUAGCUAUGUCAAAUCAGUGCAACCAGGAAGGAAGUUCUGGUAAUGCUUAAAAUGACCAAAAUACGGCAGUAUUACAUGUUAUCAUGUAGCGGUUACUACAAAAUUAAAGCAUGUAUAUAAAACGAUAAAGGUUUUUGGAGGUGUUUUAAUAGCGGUCUUUGUCGGGACAUAGUGUAGCCCAGGGGUCGGCAACCUUUACUAUGAAAAGAGCCAUUUCACCCACUUGCCCACUAAAGAAAAAUAGCCUGGAGCCGCAAAACGUUGUAUGUUUAAAACAACAUUGGAGGGAAAAAAAAAAGACGAGUUGGAGUACUCUUGCUAGUACUGGAGAUAAACUUUUGUUUUUAAAUGAGCUCUAAUUUAUUUUUUAGAAUCGUCAAAUAACUCAUUAAUAAUAAUUAAUAACUCAAAUAACUCAAAGUAUUACUCAUUUCCCUUCAUGUUAACCUGUCAGAGAGAACUGGAUAGCAUCCUGUCUGCUCAUUCAGUCACCAGUCAGAACUCAGUCAGGAUGCAUUCAUGGUCUCACACAAAGUUGGAUUUUUGUAAACUCAUAACAAAGACGUGCAUUUUCACCACACGGGUGCUAAAAAAUAUUAAAGCAUUGCAAAGGGAGCCGCAACAAAGAGGCUGGAGAGCCACAUGCGGCUCUGGAGCCGCGGGUUGCUGACCCCUGGUGUAGCCUAUUACGUGCAGUCAUGGGACACAUUACUGUCUUUUUUAUCUGUUUUAAUAUUUUUAGUAUGCACAGAAAAGAGAAAGAUGUGUUCAUGUCUCACAUAAGGAUUGUGCAUGAUGGGCAAAAUUAAAAAAAAGUGCAGUUUUCCUUGGAAACAAGUUCUAACAUAUUUUGGUACUUGUUUUAUGCUUUGGUUCAAGGUUGGUGAUGAAUAUCAAAAGUUUUUGCCGCAUUUUUAAAAAUUAUAUUUCUGUAUGUGGCCCUUGUCAAAAAAAGGGUUGGACACCCCUGCUCAAAAACAACUUACCUUCUUGAGUCAAAAUCACGCUUACAAACAUUUUAUCAUUUGCUCUCACAAUCUCAUCUUGCACGUCUGCAUCAACUAUAUAAACUUGCAUAAUGACGUGAAUGUAUUUUCUCAUAGAUUUAUUUUACUUCUGCCAUAAAGUGUUAAGCUAUUUAUCUACAGGUGGUCCUCACUUUACGAAUUUCUGUGUUCCGAUGUUUGAAUGAAUGAAAAACUUUUACUGAACUUUGUUCAGUAAACAUCACUCAAUAAUUAGUUCCAGCACACAGAGCUACACUGAAUCAUCAUAAAAACACCCAUCAUUGUUGACCGCUCAACCGUCACAAUCAUUAUGAAGGACAGACUUGAUUCAAUACUAGUGAAUGUGAGAGGGGUCAUGGAUUCUGUGCGCUGUUGCAAGGAGGAGAAGAGGUAAACCUUCCCAUACUAGCCUGGGACAAUAUUUGAAGAAGGUAAUAACCAACCACUGGGAUAAAUUCAUGUAUUUUUAUGUCUGUAUUUUAUGUCCUGCAUACAGUAUGUUGUUUUUAGUGACUUUGGUCACUAUUUAGGUAUCUUGUGUCUAACACUAAAACUCCACUUGCAUCACAGCACAAGAAUGAAAACUCUUUGGUAACUUGAGGAUCACCUGUAUAUUUUAUUUUAUUGCGGUUAAUCGGUUCCAGACGUGAUAAGUGAAUUUCCGUGAAUUAGGAUUCCUUAUUUAUAAAUGGAAUAUUUUUGUAGUUAGAGCAUAGAAAACCUGAUUACGACAUUCUAAAUAUGGUUUUAAUGUUGUUAGAGCCCUCUAGACAUGAAAUAACACCCCUUUAGGCACCUUUACACAAAUAAGAGAAAAUAUGACUUAAGACAUCAGUAAGAUUCAUACUUGUGUGUGUUGCAAUAAAUGUGUUUCGGACAUGUGGAGGACUGGACAGGACGUCGGGGGUUCAGAGUUGAGUGUUGGCGUGUUGUGGGUUACGACCGUGCUCGGGAUUAUUGUCCGUUUCAAUAAUUC